CCCGAAUUUCUGAGAAAUCUGAAAUCUGUGGACGUAGUCGAGAACUCGUCAUUUGCCUUCGAAUGUCACGUUCAAGGUAUCCCAUCACCCACUGUAUCGUGGUAUAAAGACGAACUCAAUAUUGACAACUCUCCCGAUUUUGUCAUCACAAAAAUAAACGGAUCUUGCUGUCUAAAGAUCCGUCAAGUCAAACAACAUCAUUCAGCUCGUUAUACUUGCCGAGCGAUCAACCCAGGAGGGGAAGCUGCAUCUUCAGCCAGGAUGAACGUUCUACAGCUGACUGCUCCUAAAUUCUCCCAACUUCUUAAAGACAUGCAGGUGAAAUCUGGACAACGAGUCUGUUUACAGUGUCGUGUUACCGGACAUCCUCUACCAGAAGUUAGAUGGUUCCGUGAAGAACGACAAUUGGAGAGUUCUCCAGACUUCCAGAUCACAGCAUUUGCUGAUGUACAUUCUCUCACAAUACCUGAAGCUUUUGAAGAAGAUACUGGCGUCUAUUCCGUCAGAGCUGUCAACGUGGCUGGUGAAGCUAAGUGUCAAGCCAAACUGAGCGUUAAAUCACCCCCAGAACAACCCGUGAUUAAACGCCAAGUGAAGAUGUUGCCCCCAGAAUUUAAAACAUUGUUCACUGAUAGAGCUGUAGCAGAAGGACAACCUGUUACAUUUGAGUGUACCAUAACUGGUAGUCCAAGACCAAAGGUAAGACUUGAUUAA